CCCACCCCUAGGCUGUUUCUUUCUUUUGCCGGUUUCAUUUUAGAAAUUCUGUUAGAGCCCUGAGGAAACCGGCUAUAAAAUUUGCAUAUUUAACAAGAAGCGGUGCAAGUGCUCAGAACUGCCUCCACGACCGAUGACAGCCGUCCAAAGCGCCGGGGACCUAGGAACUGGACCCAUCGGACUGACUGACGAAAAUUCUACGGCUGAGCUCGGGGGCCGGAGGGGGCGGGGCCAAGAGCCGCCCGCCCCCGGCCCUUUGUGACGUACAACAAUGCCUGCCACGAGUCGGAACUGGGCUGCCUUGGCUGUCGCUGGGCGCAAGUGACACGCGAGAACGAACGCAGUGGUCAUCUGGGGACAACUUCAGGAAUCAUGCAGUUUUUAUUCAGGUUAAUCGUUUUCUUUUAUGUAUGGGCCAUCUUUGCUGCUCAGGGACAAAAGGAAGAGGAGAGCACAGAGGACGUGAAAAUAGAAGUUUUGCAUCGUCCAGAAAACUGUACCAAGACUAGCAAGAAGGGAGACCUGCUAAACGCCCAUUACGACGGCUACUUGGCUAAAGAUGGUUCGAAAUUCUACUGCAGCCGCACACAAAAUGAAGGCCACCCCAAAUGGUUUGUUCUUGGUGUUGGGCAAGUCAUAAAAGGCCUCGACAUUGCAAUGAUGGAUAUGUGCCCUGGAGAGAAGCGAAAAGUGGUUAUACCUCCUUCAUUUGCAUAUGGAAAGGAAGGUUAUGAAGGCAAGAUUCCACCUGAUGCAACAUUGAUAUUUGAGAUUGAACUUUAUGCUGUGACCAAAGGACCACGAAGCAUUGAAACAUUUAAACAAAUAGACAUGGACAAGGACAGGCAACUCUCUAAAACCGAGAUAAAUAAUUACCUGAAAAGGGAAUUUGAAAAAGAUGAGACGCCUCGUGACCAGUCAUAUCAGAAUGCAGUUUUAGAAGAUAUUUUUAAGAAGAAUGAUCAUGAUGGUGAUGGCUUCAUUUCUUCCAAGGAAUACAAUGUGUAUCAACAUGAUGAACUAUAGUGUAUUUUAUUUCUAAACUUUCUUAGCUACUUACUGCAUUUUCUAUAUAGAAGAGUCACUUUUCUAGAACUUGUAUUUUGUUCCCCCCCCCCCCGCCAUGAGAACAUAUUUUGAUCACCUCAGUACAUAUAAUUUGGGCAUAAUAAAUGUGUGUUAUUUUGCAGAUUUAACUUUCAGGAAAAGUAAAA